AAGUAAGACUAUUCUCAAUCAAUCGGAAUUCAGUAUAAGCACAAUCCAUAGCCCUAUCACGGAAAUCCUCGAUUAGGCAUUGCCCGGUUCGAAGAGACGAUAGCCAUUGCGGGACCUCCUCCGUAUAACAAAGUGGUCUAACAUCAAUGCACCUAGAUAAUAUAAUAAUUCAAGUCUACCUACGUCCCUCGCAGUGUCAUGUGUGGGUAUUCAGACUAAAGAUCAUAGUAAGAUGGCUGCGAUUUCACAACUCUACGAAAUCCCUGCUAGCACUUUCGUGCCAAUAUGUCACCCUUUAUACACCGAAGUCUCGACAUCCGUCAACCAAUGGUUUCUUGAGAAUUGGGACUUCCCAAAUGAGGAUGCGCGGAAGAAGUUCGUAAGGGCGGGCUUUUCACAUGCGACAUGCUCAUAUUUCCCGAAGUCAUUGGAUGAUAGAAUCGGCCUUGCUUGCAAGUUGCUCUCUAUUCUCUUUCUCAUUGACGACCAACUUGAACACCUUUCUCUGUCAGACGGUGCUGCGUACAAUGAGCAUCUCAUGCCACUAUGCAAGGGGGAAGCACUGCCAAAUCAUAAUUCUCCGGUUGAAUGGAUGAUGUACAGCAUAUGGGAAGAAAUGCGACAGUGCAAUGAAAGCCUUGCUAAUGGCGUACUCGAGCCUGUGUUCACGUUCAUGAGAGCUCAGACAUCCCCAGAGAGGCUGACUGUCAAGGAGCUGGGUCCCUACCUACGAUAUCGCCAAGGCGACGUCGGCCAAGCUCUUCUUGCGGCUCUGAUGAGGUUCUGUAUGGGAUUGUAUCUUGAUAACGAUGAACUUGACUCUGUGAGGGAGAUAGAGCUAAACGUAGGGCGACACAUAUCAAUCGUAAACGACAUAUUCAGUUUUGAAAAGGAGUUGGCAUCAUCAAAGGUUACGCAUGAGGAAGGAGGUGUUCUUUGUUCUGCAGUGUCCGUCCUAGCAGGGGAAAUUAAUAUUGGAACCAGUGCUGCCAAACGUAUUCUUUGGUCUAUGUGUAGGGAGUGGGAGCUAAUCCACCAGGAACUUGUCAAGAAGCGGAUGAGCAGCGAAGAGGCUUGCAGUAGUUCACUACAAAAGUACGUAAAAGCUUUGGAAUACCAGAUGAGCGGUAAUGAGCUUUGGAGCCGUUCAACUGGCAGGUAUGGGACUCAGAUGAACUCCCCAUAACGGAACAUAUCACACAAUGGCAGACGUUAGAUCGUAGAUCGAGAUAUACGAAAACGGUAUUUCUGUUAGGUACAAUUGAUGUUGUGUUAUUAA